CCCUUCUCAAAAACCCCAUUCCACACUCCACUCUGCCUAAGUCAAUUUACUUUCCAUUCACUUCCUCUUCAUUAAUGGAACUCCCCGAGUAUCUUGUCGGUGGCUACCACGGCACCGGAGCCUCUCAAUUUUCGCCCCACAAUAAAAAAUCCACCUCCGAACAUUUCCCUGUCGAUGAAUAUUUAUUGGACUUCUCCAAUGAAGAUGUCGCAAUGCAUGGCGGUUUCUUCGAUAAUGUCGCCGGAAAUUGCAGUGAUAAUUCCUCCACUCUUACUGCUAUUGACAGCUGCAAUUCGUCUGUCUCUGGCGGCGAUAACCAGUUGUUAGGAAAAUUUGAGUCCGGAAGUUUCUGUGAAGCUCAAUUCUCCAGCGAACUCUGCAUUCCGUGCGAUGAUUUGGCGGAACUCGAAUGGCUGUCGAAUUUCGUUGAAGAAUCAUUUUCGACGGAGGAGAUUGAUAAGGAUUUUCCAGCAAUUCCAUUCAUCUCCGGAGGAAUAAGUUCGGCGGCGACUCCAGAAACAUCAUCGUCCUCCGGAGCGACAGCGUUUGGUUACGGAAAUGCAAAAACGACAACGUUUUUCCACAGCGAAGCUCUCACGCUCCCCGGCAAAGCCCGAAGCAAACGUUCACGCGCAACUCCUUGCGACUGGUCGACGCGGCUCCUCCAAGCGACGGCGCCGGAGAAAACGGAAGGGGCGAUGGGGAAGCCGGAAACGACGUCGGGUCGGAAAUGCCUACAUUGCGCGGCGGAGAAGACGCCGCAGUGGCGGACUGGGCCGAUGGGCCCAAAAACGCUUUGCAAUGCUUGUGGGGUCAGGUACAAGUCGGGUCGGCUUGUACCUGAAUACCGACCCGCUUCCAGUCCGACAUUUGUAUCGACGAAGCACUCGAAUUCUCACCGGAAGGUGAUGGAGCUCCGACGGCAAAAGGAGAUGCAACAUCAAGAGCAGUUUGUAAGUCAAAGUUCGAUAUUCAGCAGAUCCAACGGCUGUGAUGAGUACUUAAUCCACCGUCACAACGGCGGUGAUUUUAGUCACAUGAUGUAGAAUUUUGAAGUAAAAAGGGAUAGAAAGACAGUAAAAAAGGAAAAAAGAGAAAGAAUUUAAUUGAUUAUGCAUCUUUUUUUUUUUUUUUUUUUUUUUUUAUUUAAAACUUUUGGAAUUAAAAAAGAGGGAGAGAAGAUAAUCAUAAUGAUUAUGGUGGGGCUGAGUUGUUGUACGGACUAUUUUUAGGCAUCUUUCUUUUUUUAAUGAUUAAAACGAAAUUGCAUGAAAAA